AUGGCAUUACGACAGUUUUCACGUCUCGUGCGUUUCAUUUCACCCAUAGAACCUGCAAAGGUUCUUAUCGGUCAAUCCGCAGAAGAUUGUCUUGACAUUGGCGUUGCACUUCGUCAGAGUCGCGAUGUCAAGGUCCAUGUCUUUUCUGGUCUCUCUGUCUUAAAUCCAGGCCAGAAGACGGAAGAAACAGCUGUUAUUGAUGACUGCGGCGACUACGAGGCCGAGCUAGCUGUGGUCAUAGGCAGGGCAGCCAAAAACGUAACCAAAGAGGAAGCGAUGGAGUAUGUUCUGGGCUACACGCCCGCGAACGAUAUCUCCAGCCGCACCAGCCAAUUUGGCCAGUCUCAAUGGUGUUUCUCGAAAGGCUUUGACGGCUCAUGUCCACUAGGUCCGGUUUUAGUUUCCAAGGAUCUUGUGCCUGAUCCUUUCAUGUUCCAUAUCCGUGGUUUGAAGAAGGAUCAAGUCCUGCAGGACUGCGGUGUCCAGUAA